AUUAGGAAUUUAAGAGGAGGGGGUUAAAAAAGAACAAAAUUGAAGAGGGAGAAAAAAAAAGCUGCGCGCAACUCUAGUGACCUCAAACUCUUUGGACUGGGUUUUAUUACAAAUACUAAUAAUAACAACACUGGAAGACCACCCGUUCUCCAAGGGAAUUGCCGUAAGAGGAGAUGGAAGUUUUCCCUUUGCUCUUGGUUUUGUCGCUCUGGGGGUCUCGAACCUGGAACUCGGCGACUGCGGAUUCGAUCAUUCACAUCGGAGCAAUUUUUGAUGAAUCUGCCAAAAAGGAUGAUGAGGUGUUUCGCACAGCGGUUGGCGACCUCAACCAGAAUGAAGAGAUCUUGCAGACUGAGAAAAUCACAUUUUCAGUGACGUUUGUGGAUGGCAACAACCCUUUUCAAGCGGUUCAAGAAGCCUGUGAACUUAUGAAUCAAGGCAUCCUGGCUCUGGUCAGCUCCAUCGGCUGCACAUCGGCAGGGUCUCUCCAGUCUUUGGCAGAUGCCAUGCAUAUUCCCCAUCUCUUCAUCCAGCGCUCAACAUCUGGAACCCCCAGAAGUGGUUGUGGCCUCACCAGGAGCAACAGAAAUGAUGACUACACUCUAUCAGUUCGCCCUCCGGUGUACUUGAAUGACGUCAUUCUCAGAGUAGUCACAGAAUAUGCCUGGCAGAAAUUCAUCAUAUUCUAUGAUAGUGAAUACGAUAUCCGUGGAAUACAAGAAUUUUUGGACAGAGUGUCUCAGCAGGGGAUGGAUGUCGCACUUCAGAAAGUAGAAAAGAACAUCAAUAAAAUGAUCACAACUCUCUUCGACACCAUGAGAAUAGAAGAGCUGAAUCGCUAUCGAGACACUCUCCGGAGAGCCAUCCUGGUGAUGAAUCCUGCCACUGCCAAAUCAUUCAUUACCGAGGUUGUGGAGACUAAUUUGGUUGCUUUUGACUGUCACUGGAUCAUUAUAAAUGAGGAAAUAAAUGAUAUGGAUGUACAGGAGCUUGUAAGAAGGUCAAUUGGAAGGUUAACAAUUAUUAGGCAGACGUUUCCAGUCCCACAGAAUAUAAGUCAACGAUGUUUCCGUGGCAACCAUCGAAUAUCUUCAACACUGUGUGAUCCAAAGGAUCCAUUUGCUCAGAGCAUGGAGAUUUCUAAUCUUUACAUAUAUGACACGGUGCUACUGCUUGCUAAUGCUUUUCAUAAAAAGCUGGAGGACCGGAAAUGGCACAGCAUGGCAAGCUUGUCCUGUAUCCGAAAGAACUCGAAGCCCUGGCAGGGAGGAAGAUCCAUGCUGGAAACCAUUAAGAAGGGUGGAGUUAAUGGGUUGACUGGAGAACUAGAAUUUGGAGAAAAUGGAGGAAAUCCCAAUGUCCACUUUGAAAUUCUUGGAACCAACUAUGGAGAAGAGCUUGGCAGAGGUGUUCGCAAACUUGGGUGCUGGAAUCCCGUCACAGGCCUGAAUGGAUCACUGACUGACAAAAAAUUGGAGAAUAACAUGCGUGGUGUGGUUCUACGUGUGGUGACUGUUUUGGAAGAACCUUUUGUAAUGGUUUCUGAAAACGUACUGGGUAAGCCAAAAAAAUAUCAAGGCUUCUCCAUUGAUGUUUUGGAUGCCUUAUCUAACUACCUGGGAUUUAACUAUGAAAUAUACGUUGCACCGGAUCACAAGUACGGAAGCCCACAGGAAGAUGGGACGUGGAACGGCUUGGUGGGAGAGCUCGUCUUCAAGAGAGCUGACAUAGGAAUUUCUGCUUUAACCAUCACCCCCGAUCGUGAGAAUGUGGUGGACUUUACCACACGUUACAUGGACUACUCAGUGGGGGUACUCCUUCGAAGAGCUGAAAAGACAGUGGACAUGUUUGCCUGCCUAGCACCAUUUGAUCUCUCACUGUGGGCCUGCAUUGCUGGCACAGUCCUUCUGGUGGGUCUGCUGGUCUACCUCUUGAACUGGCUUAAUCCCCCACGAUUACAAAUGGGAUCAAUGACAUCUACUACUCUCUACAACUCCAUGUGGUUUGUGUAUGGAUCCUUUGUACAGCAAGGUGGGGAGGUCCCUUAUACUACGCUGGCUACCCGAAUGAUGAUGGGGGCUUGGUGGCUGUUUGCUUUGAUUGUCAUUUCAUCUUACACAGCAAAUCUUGCUGCUUUCCUUACUAUAACUCGCAUUGAAAGCUCCAUCCAGUCUCUCCAGGACCUUUCCAAGCAAACAGAAAUCCCUUAUGGCACAGUGCUGGACUCUGCAGUGUAUGAGCACGUACGCAUGAAGGGACUGAACCCUUUCGAGAGGGACAACAUGUAUUCCCAAAUGUGGCGGAUGAUCAACCGAAGCAAUGGAACAGAGAACAAUGUUCUGGAGUCCCCAGCAGGCAUUCAGAAGGUAAAACAUGGAAAUUAUGCUUUUGUAUGGGAUGCAGCUGUAUUGGAAUAUGUAGCUAUCAAUGAUCCGGAAUGUUCCUUUUACACUGUUGGGAAUACUGUGGCUGAUCGGGGAUAUGGAAUCGCAUUGCAACACGGCAGUCCUUACCGUGAUGUUUUUUCACAAAGGAUCCUGGAACUCCAGCAGAAUGGUGACAUGGACAUCCUGAAACACAAAUGGUGGCCCAAGAAUGGCCAGUGUGACCUGUACUCCUCGGUGGACACCAAGCAGAAAGGAGGCGCCCUGGACAUCAAGAGCUUUGCCGGUGUCUUUUGCAUCCUGGCAGCUGGGAUUGUGCUCUCCUGCCUCAUCGCCAUGCUGGAGACGUGGUGGAACAAAAGGAAAGGCUCCCGGGUCCCUUCGAAAGAGGAUGACAAGGAAAUUGACCUGGAGCACCUUCAUAGACGUGUAAAUAGCUUGUGCACAGAUGACGACAGUCCCCAUAAACAGUUUUCCACCUCGUCAAUUGACUUGACCCCUCUGGACAUUGACACUUUGCCAACACGACAAGCCCUGGAGCAGAUCAGUGAUUUCAGGAACACUCACAUCACCACCACCACCUUUAUCCCAGAGCAGAUCCAGACUCUUAGCCGCACACUGUCCGCUAAAGCUGCCUCCGGGUUCGCUUUUGGCAACGUGCCUGAGCACCGAACUGGCCCUUUUAGGCACAGGGCACCUAACGGGGGCUUUUUCAGGAGUCCGAUCAAAACAAUGUCAUCUAUUCCUUAUCAACCAACUCCUACCCUGGGGCUCAAUCUGGGCAAUGAUCCAGACCGAGGCACCUCCAUAUGA